AUGACUCUCGCCGAUGAAAUUGCAGAACACACGGCGCUUUUCAACAGUCUUCGCCUGCAAAAUGCCGAUCCAGCAGAAAUAGAGGCAGCAAAACGGAAAUUGGGAGAGCUGAAGAAGGCGCAGGGGGUGCUAAAUGCAAAAGAGAGAGAGAAGAAAGGCGAUUUGGCCGAGGGCGAGAAGAAGAAAGACAGGAUAUUAUUGAAGACGCCAAAGGGAACAAGAGACUACGGCCCGUCGGAAAUGUUUUGCCGUCUCCACAUUGAGCGCAUCGUCAAGGACGCGUUCGCUCUCUUUGGCGGAAGCUGCCUCGACACGCCCGUUUUCGAACGCAAGGACGUCCUGACUGGAAAAUACGGCGAAGACUCCAAGUUGAUUUUUGAUCUCAUGGACCAGGGUGGGGAGCAGCUCGCGUUGAGGUAUGAUCAUACCGUACCUCUUGCGCGGUGGCUCGCGAUGACCGGUGGAGGCGGGCAAGGCAAAGUGUGGCAGGUGGGCAAAGUGUAUCGGAGAGACCAGCCGGUGAUGUCCAAGGGACGGAUGCGAGAGUUCAUGCAGGCCGAUUUCGAUAUCUCCGGGACGUUCGAUCCAAUGAUUCCAGACGCCGAAAUUGUCAGUCUUCUGAGCACGAUUUUGAACAACUUGGAUCUUGGUGAAUACACGAUCAAGAUGAACCAUAGGAAAAUCCUUGACGGCAUCUUCACCGUAUGUGGUGUGCCGGAAGACAAAAUUCGGACGAUAUCUUCCGCUGUAGAUAAAUUGGAUAAGCUUCCUUGGGUUGAAGUGAAAAAAGAAAUGACAGAUGAGAAAGGUCUGGAUCCCACUGUCGCAGAUAAAAUUGGAGAGUAUGUCAAGCACAAAGGUGGUCCGGAGCUUUUGGACAUCCUUACAUCAGACGCGACACUAAUGGCGAACAAGAAUGCCAAGGAGGGCAUAGAGGACAUGGCUCUUCUGUUUACCUUCCUCAAAGCAUAUAAAGUGCUUGACAAAAUCUCCUUCGAUCUCUCACUCGCCCGUGGUUUAGAUUACUACACAGGACUCAUCUACGAAGCUAUCGUCGAAGGUUCAGCGCCACCGGGGUUCAAAGCCGCCGACGCUUCUGCGGAUUCAACACCUGUACCGAAACCGAAACCAAAGUCGAAACCAAAAGACGCAGGAGAAGAUGAAGAGGUAGAUGAAUCGCAAAUAGGCGUGGGGUCCAUCGCUGCGGGAGGCCGGUAUGAUAAUCUUGUGGGCCAGUUUGCAUCGGCAGCGGCGUCCGAGAGCAAGAGCAGCAAAAAGAGCGCGGCGAGCACACCUUGCAUUGGCGUGAGCAUUGGUAUGGACCGGAUAUUUGCGCUGCUGUGGCCGAAGUGGGUUGGCCUGGGGGGGAGGUGCAAGGAUACCAUGGUGUAUGUUAUGGCUGCGGGUGAUGGGUUGCUUGAAGAGAGGAUGGAGCUAGUAAGGGACCUUCGGGCGGAAGGAAUAAAGACCGACUUUUUGGCGAAGAAGAAGCCGAAGCUCCCUGUGCAGUUUGCUGCCGGAGAGAAAGAUGAGGUGCCGUUUGCGGUUAUCCUGGGGGGCGACGAGUUGAAGGAAGGCCUUGUCACUGUUAAAGAGCAGAGAUGGGAGUUCAGAGAUGGGGCCAAGGUCAAGGUCGAGAGCGCAGAUAAGGGGGCAAAGGUGAGGCGGGACGAGCUGGUUGCGUGGUUGAAAAGCAGUGAUGUUUGGAAGACAUGGGCGUAG